AUGGCACUAGACACUCCACAACCUACACCUCUCAAUCAUAAAAGCACAAAGGCUGAAAAGGUUGAAUUUGAAAGGUGGACAAGAGCAAACAAGGUUGCACUCUCAAUCUUGGAGAGUGGAAUGAUUAAGACUGUGCGUGAAGGCAUCAAGAAGUGUGACUUAGCAUCUGAUUAUCUCAAGGCAAUUAAGGGAAAAUUCAAGGUGUCACAGAAAUAUGAGAUUGCACAAUAUAUGACACUUCUCACUACUUACAAGUUUAAAGGAGCAAUCUCAAUCAGGGAUCACAUAAUGAGAAUGACAGAUGCUUCUGAAAAACUCAACUCCAUGGAUGUCAAAAUUGGUGAAAUGCAGUUGGUUUUCAUGAUCCUGCAAGCCUUACCUCAGAAGUAUAGUAAGCUAAAAAUGUCUUAUAACAAUCAGGACAAAUGCUGGAUAAUGGAUGAACUUAUAACUCAAUGCGUGCAAGAGGAAAGUUGA